AUGGCAACAGCCAGUCUGAGUCCGAACCACAAGGGGCCGACACUCCAGACCACAUUACCCAUAAAGCAGUGCGCGCGGCAGUCACCGCACCUCCACCGGGUGGAGCCUGUGGACGCUUGUGGGGCUGCUGCUUGUAGGAGUAAAAAAUUGUUUGACAGGGAGUUAUUACCCGGGGAGGCUGAAGCGGAGCCGGGAGGUGCCUGUGGAACCAGAGGAGUUCAUCUGUACUGCGAAAUCAAAGAAGACAACAGAAGGAUGCUACGGAGAAGACUGAAUCGUUUGCUCGGAGGCGAUGAGAGAAGGGUUGACAGCAGGACAAUUUAUGUUGGCCAGCGGUCCCAUCCGGCCACUGAAGCGUUCAUUCCACCCAACUUCUGUGACAACAGGAUUGUGUCCUCUAAGUAUACAGUAUGGAACUUUCUACCAAAGAACAUGUUUGAACAGUUUAGGAGAAUUGCCAAUUUCUACUUCCUUAUCAUCUUCCUGGUGCAGGUGAUAGUGGACACCCCCACCAGCCCAGUCACCAGUGGCCUACCUUUAUUUUUUGUGAUUACAGUAACUGCUAUCAAGCAGGGAUAUGAAGACUGGCUGCGGCACAAGGCUGAUAACGAGGUCAACAAGUACCCUGUAACAGUGCUAGAAGAUGGCCGGAGGAUACGGAAGGAAAGUGAGAAGAUCAAGGUGGGAGAUGUUGUGGAGGUGGAGGAGGACGAGACCUUUCCCUGUGAUUUAAUACUGCUGCAGUCCAGUCGAGAUGAUGGCACAUGUUUCGUUACAACUGCAAGUCUGGAUGGAGAAUCCAAUCAUAAAACACAUUACACUGUGCCAGACACAGAGAGGGGUCUGGAAUCUCUCAAUGCCACAAUUGAGUGUGAACAGCCACAGCCUGACCUUUACAAAUUUGUUGGCCGUAUGCACAUCUACAAAAACAGUGAAGAGCCUUCAGUGAGGUCUUUGGGCCCAGAAAACCUUCUGCUUAAAGGAGCGACUCUAAAGAACACCCAGAGGAUAUGUGGUGUUGCCGUUUACACUGGCAUGGAGACAAAAAUGGCUCUAAAUUAUCAGGGCAAAUCUCAGAAACGUUCUGCUGUGGAGAAGUCUAUCAAUGCCUUCCUUCUGGUUUAUCUUUGCAUAUUGGUAAGCAAAGCCCUUGUGUGCACCACUCUGAAAUACGUGUGGCAAAGCAAGCCUGGACAAGAUGAGCCAUGGUACAAUGAGAAAACCCAGAGAGAGAAGGACACCAAUCUGUAUCUUAAGAUGUUCACAGACUUCCUGUCCUUCAUGGUGCUCUUCAACUUCAUCAUUCCAGUGUCCAUGUAUGUCACAGUUGAGAUGCAAAAAUUUUUGGGAUCCUUCUUCAUCACAUGGGACAAAGACUUCUUUGACCCUGAAAUCCAGGAGGGGGCACUGGUCAACACUUCAGACCUCAAUGAGGAGCUUGGACAGGUGGAAUAUGUCUUCACAGACAAGACGGGCACUCUCACUCAGAACAACAUGGAGUUCAUAGAGUGCUGCAUCGACGGUUUCCAGUACAAGUACCGGGACGCAAGCUCUGAGUUGGAUGGAUUUUGUGUCACAGAUGGACCUGUGAACAAACUACAGCAGAAAGCUGGCAGGGAGAGGGAGGAGCUGUUUCUGCGUGCCCUGUGUCUAUGCCACACAGUCCAGGUGAAGGAGAGUGCAGAGGAGAGUCGAGGCCAAAAGAUGGAUCAGGUGGACGGUUUAGGGGUGUCUGAAGAGGUGCAUCAUCCUCCACAGGAGGAGAGGGGUUUUAUUGCUUCCUCACCUGAUGAGAUUGCUCUGGUCAAGGGUGCCAUGAGGUACGGGUUCACAUUUCUGGGUCUUGAUAGUAAGACCAUGAAAAUUCUCAACCGAAACAAAGAUGUUGAAAUGUAUGACCUGCUUCAUGUGUUGAACUUUGACCCAGUGAGAAGGCGAAUGAGUGUGAUCGUCCGGUCCAGAUCAGGUGAUACCUUGCUUUUUUGUAAGGGAGCAGACUCGUCCAUCUUCCCUCGAGUCAGACAGGAGGAGGUUGAAAGGAUACGCAUGCAUGUGGAACGUAAUGCCACAGAGGGUUAUCGGACGCUGUGUGUGGCAUACAAACAUCUUAGCCCAGAGGAGUACGCCCAGGCAGACGAGGGAUUGAGGGAAGCUAGACUGGCUCUGCAGGACAGAGAGGAGAGGCUAAUGACCAUUUACAACCAAGUGGAGACUGGAAUGAGUCUAAUAGGAGCUACCGCCGUGGAAGAUCGGCUUCAAGAAGAGGCAGCAGAGACCAUGGAGGCCCUACAGGGAGCGGGGAUGAAGGUUUGGGUCCUGACAGGUGACAAGAUGGAGACAGCAAAAUCCACCUGCUAUGCCUGUAGAUUGUUCCAGAGGGGCACAGAGCUUUUGGAGCUGACUGUGCGCACCCUAGAGGAUGGGGGAAGGAAGCGUGAGGAGAGGCUUCAUGACCUUUUGAUUGAGUACCAUAAGAAAGCUGUACAGGAUGCACCCCCGGUUAAGGCCGGCAUUAACAGGAGGUGGUCCAUGCCCAGCCAUGAUUAUGGUUUCAUCAUAGAUGGAGCCUCACUAUCGAUGGUGCUCGGCCCUUCCUCUGAGUCCAACUCGAGUCUCUACAAGAGCCUGUUUUUGCAGAUUUGUCAAAACUGCACAGCUGUGCUCUGCUGCCGCAUGGCUCCUCUACAGAAGGCACAGAUUGUCAGAAUGGUGAAGAACUCUAAAGGCAGCCCCAUCACGCUUUCCAUCGGCGAUGGAGCCAAUGAUGUCAGCAUGAUUUUGGAAGCACAUGUUGGUAUUGGCAUUAAGGGUAAGGAGGGUCGACAAGCAGUAAGGAACAGUGAUUAUGCCAUCCCCAAACUCAAGCACCUCAAGAAACUUUUGUUGGCCCAUGGACAUCUGUACUAUGUUCGCAUUGCACACCUGGUGCAAUAUUUCUUUUACAAGAAUCUUUGCUUCAUCUUACCCCAGUUCUUGUACCAGUUCUUUUGCGGCUACUCCCAGCAACCCUUGUAUGAUGCCGCCUAUCUGACGAUGUACAACAUCUGCUUCACCUCUAUGCCCAUCCUGGCUUACAGCCUUUUUGAGCAGCACAUUACCAUUGACUUUCUCCUGGACAAUUCUACCCUCUACAGAGAGAUUGCAAAGAAUGCUAUGUUGCGCUGGGGGCCAUUUCUCUACUGGACCCUUCUCGGAGUCUUCCACGGUUUGCUCUUCUUCUUUGGUGUUCGAUAUUUGUUCAGUAACCCAGCUCUGCAGGAUAAUGGCCAGGUUUUUGGGAACUGGUCGUAUGGAACUAUAGUCUUCACUGUCCUCGUCUUCACUGUAACACUAAAGCUGGCUCUGGACACACGGCACUGGACAUGGAUCAACCACUUUGUAAUCUGGGGUUCCCUGGCUUUCUACGUAUUUUUCAGCUUCUUCUGGGGAGGAAUAAUAUGGCCCUUCCUGAGGCAGCAGCGUUUGUACUUUGUGUUUGCUAACAUGCUGAGCUCUGUGUCAGCCUGGCUGGUCAUCAUAUUGCUCAUUUUGCUCAGUCUACUGCCAGAGAUCCUACUCGUGGUGCUCCGCAAGCCUCGAGGACCCCACGCUCGUCAGAAGAAGCCGGUUCAGUCGGGCGCGGGAGGCCUCCCGUCUCCCCGCUGUCAGAGGGUGACCUCCUACAAACAUCCAGAUUGCAGCUGUCACACCAUUAUCCUACAAGCACCUGAAGGAGCGUCAGUAAAGAGGCAGCCCGGACUCAACAGCGGCAUCGGCCUCAUUCAGGGUUCUUGUCAGAGUCAUCUAAAAGGCGGUGGAUAGGACGAGGAAAGUGCUUUGCAGGUCGGCGGGUGGGGAUUUAGAAGUCAUUUGACUUUAGUGUUUCUUAUCCGUCCUUUUCUGCCCACCCUACGCAUGUCUGCAGAGCAGCGCCCUGCAUUGUUUUCUAAGAUAUGUACUCAAAUGGAAGGCAUGAGUUUCUUUUCUUUCACUUUUUUAAAUGAUAAGCUUAAUGAAUGCGUACAUGGCUGCCUAAUCAGUAGCUAUUUACAGCGCCCUUGUUUUAAGAAGCAGUUUCAAACGUCCACCCCAAAAAUUCCAAGUCUGCAUGAGAGAAGGCUCAAAAGAACACCGAACUCCACUGAUGUUCAGUCACUGUAUUCCGAAAACCUUUUUAUUUUCCUAUCAACCGCUAUUCUUUGAGGUUGUUCUUCUUCACAUUUUCUGUGUUUUCUUUUCGAACGAUUAUUAAAUAUUUUUAAGAGCAUAUCAGUUUGAAUCUAUAGAUCAGCAUCGUCCGAGGUGAAAGGUUACCGAAUGGGAUUUCUGUAAGCUCUUCUCAGCCUACAGACUGUUAACGCAGUUCUCUGGUUUACAGAUGUUUGUGUUCUCUUAAACUAUAUGAAGUGCGAAGGUGUAAGAGCAAUGAAUGGAGGCCAUAUUACCAGUCAAUCCAAAAAGUGUGCUUGUGUGUGUUUGUGUAAAACUGAGCGACAGAUUAGAGACUUUAAGUAUAUUCCAGCAGUAAAAUGCUACUUGGAGCUUGACCUAAAUCUUCCAAACCUCAGCGGUAAUUUAAGUCAGAGUCCAGUAUAUGAUAAGAAAAUUAAUAUAUGUGCUGUACUUGUAUAUAGCUUCAAGAUGUAUUUUAGCAUCUGCUCUAAGCCAAAAAAGAUGAGUGAGGUGUGAUCUGAUUGCAUCCACUCAAGUGUGAGCUGAAAGUUGCAGGCCUGUUAGUGUGUGCGUGUUGCAUAGAUGUGUGUGUAAAUGUACUGGAUGGGAAUAGCCAGAAAUGCCUGUGUGUAAUGGAGACCAGAUUUACUUGAACUUUGAUGUAGUCCUGCACUAUGAAUAUAAUUGGUUUCUUCAUUAUGGGUAUGAUCACCAAGGCUCAUCAAUAUAAGCCAGAACACACAUGCACAUAUUCGCUAGAGGAGACGAUAUGACACAAUCAGUAACCCACACACUUGGUACACAUGCACUAACGCCUAAAUGGGGUGUUCAUAGUCGUCAUCUAGUGUCCCUAUCUUUUGUCAAAGGUUAAAGUAUGAACUUAAAGAAAAACCAACUCCAGAUCUGCAGAAUCAACAUAGUUGAAGCCACUGUGAGACUCAUCUCUGUUUCUGGUCAGAUCUGCUGACCAGCAGGUUGACAGCGUGGACUGUUUGGCCCUUUUCUUUCUUCUUUAACUUAUGUGUAGUGCUUCAUACAUUCCAUUUAAACAUAACCUGAUUUCUCACUCUUUUAGAUACUCUCUUGAACAAUGUUUUCAUUCUGUUUUUUUCUCCCCACAAGCAUAUUUGAUCUACUAUGUAUUUAUUGUUAAGUGUGAUUUUACUCACAAAUGUUAUAUUUUUAUUACAUGGAUCGUUUUUAUGGUGCAGAAGGUUAAGCUUGGUGUCAGUUCAGUUUAGCUUGUUAAGCUCCAACCUUGAUGUGAGCCCGCUCAAAUCCCAUUUGAUAAGUCUUUGCUGUAUGUACAAAGACAGGCAGCCCCUUCCCGACACACUCCAAAAAGAGCCCCUUUCACUUUUGUUUGUCAGAUGGUUUAACUCCAGAGUUCAAGCUGAUUAUUAAUAAUGUCAGUUGGGGGAUUUUCAUAGGUCAUUGUAACUAUGAUCAUCACUCAUUUCUGUUCUUCUACUUUUUACUCCAACUUGAUGGAUCCAAGACAGUAAAUCCACACACUGACAAAUAUAUUCAUGUUACUAUACUUUAUAUGUAAUAAUAAACAUAUAUGCUUUUGCAUUACUUCAAGUAAAAGUAAUUACUGUAGAGAAGGGGGUUGGGUUUCUGCCCUAACAUGUCACCUCCAGGUGAAGGCGUGUCAGAUAUACUAUAGGUCAUGAGGGGCUGCCCGCUUUGUUAACAAAUAAAAUUCUUAUGUGAAAUCAGAAAUGCUAUUUUCAAAGCUUAAAAUAUGUUUGAAUCUAAUGUUUUGCCUGUCUAAAUGAAGCGUUAAAAUGAAUUGAUUGUAUUUUUAAUGCAACUUUUUCCAGCCACUUUUCUAUAUAUAUAUAUAUAUGAAAAAAGAUUUAAGUAUGGGGGGUGGGAUAAAGCAAGAGGCUCUCUGGUUGUGGACCUGUCUGUGGAGGUGAACACCCUCAGGCACCUCAGGCAGGCACAUCUUGCCAACUUCAGCCUUUUGAGUCUCCAGCUUCAACACUCCAAACCUCCAAGCUGAAUGUACCUCUUUGAAACUAGUAUAUUCAAAAUCUGAAGAUUUUCUGUAAUAAAGCAGAAUGUUUUGAAGAUAAAAAA